AUUUAGUAAUCAUACGUAGUAGCUUUUAUAUAUACUUUCGAUUUUUGAUGCGAUAAUAAUUAUCUCACAACUUUUAUAAUGUAGUCUAUGUGAAAGGAGCUUAAUGUGUACGAUUACAUCAAUAAUGUAAACAACAUAAAAUAUCUAUAUAAAUUAUAAUAGUGGAUGACGUUAGUUAACCUUGACCAAGCAAGCAAUUAUUAAACCUACUUGUGUCUAUCUAUGCUCUAUGCUGUGUUUUGGCGAAUCAUGACCAAUGAAUCCAAUGAUCAUAUUGGUGAAGUGACUAGUGAGGUGUGAGGUAGUGAGUGACAACUCGUUAAAAGUACGACAUAUAGUAAGUCUCAAAGUAUGGCUGAUAAACGUCUAGAUCUUCUGCUAUUUGGAGCAACAGGGACAACAGGUCUACAUGCUAUUCGAUAUCUUCACAAAUUUGCGAAAGAGAAAAAGUUAACUUGGGGUAUUUCUGGACGUUCAGAGACGAAACUUAAAGCAGUCUUAAAGAAUGAAGGUUUACAUAUAGGUGAAGAUUUAUCCAAAAUCCCAGUUGUAGUUGCCGAUAUAAAAGAUCAGAAAUCUUUAAAUGAAAUGGCUCAAAAAACAAAAGUCCUUCUAAAUUGUUGUGGACCAUACAGAUUGAUGGGAUUUCAGGUAGUAGAAGCGUGCAUUAAAGCUGGAACUCACCAUUUAGAUGUAAGUGGUGAGCCUAGUUUUAUAGAUUCACUUCCAGAAAAAUACGGCGCUGCCGCCAAAGAAAAAGGAAUUUAUAUCGUCAGUGCCUGUGGUGUCGACUGUGUACCCACCGAUUUGGGUUCGACGUAUCUGCAGCAACAGUUUGAUGGUGUAUUGAAUUCAGUGGUUGGUCACGUGGAAAUAUGGACUACAGGUAAAAGUAAUGGAUCCGUUGGUGGUUAUGGGACUUGGCAAAGCCUUGUUCAUGAAUGCCAUAAAAUGGGUUCAUUAAGUGAACUAAAAAAAAAGCUGAUUCCACACAGAGAUACUGCGUUUAAACCAGCACUACCAGUUAAGAUUCUUCCACACUAUUCAGAAAUAACUAAGGGUUGGUUGAUGCCCUUUCUAGGACACGAUAGAAAGAUAAUGCAUGAGACUCAAAAAUAUUUAUAUGAAAAAGACUCGAUAAGGCCCAUUCAUGCUGAAGUAAUGUUAUCCAUUUCGAGUAUCUUCAAAUUGCUUUUGCUUAAUUUUCUAUUCUUAGUGCUAUUUGUCAUGGCCCAAUUAUCUUUCACCAGAAAUUUGUUGAUAGAAUAUCCUCACAUCUUUUCUUGUGGCUACGUCAAAAAAGAAGAACAUCCUUCUGAAGAAGUCAAAGAACACACUCGCUAUCGUCUAACAUUGUAUGGAGAAGGAUGGAAAGAGAAGCUGGCAAAUGUAAACGAUCAGUACACUAUGCCACCUAACAGGAGCAUUUUAGCUCAAUUACAAUUUAAAAAUGCUUACACUUUUACUGUCCUUGGUUUAAUUGGUGCCGGUAUCGUUAUUUUAAAGGAAAAAGACAAAUUGCCGCAAAGUGGUGGUGUAUAUACUGCAGGAGCAGCUUUUAGGAAAACUUCUCUUAUGAAACUAUUGUUAGAGAAUGGAACUACAUUCGAAAUAAAAAGUGUGAAAGAUAUACAAAUUUAAAUAAAAUAUAGGUAUAUAUCGGU